CAGAUAUGCGUAUGCGAUGUACAAUGGCACACUAGAAAAUCUUUACCGAAAGAAAGUGGAUAAAGAACAUAAACGUCACGUGAUCAUUGUUGGUGCAGGAAUGGCAGGCUUAUCUGCAGCUUAUGAAUUGGCUCAGAUUGGUCAUAAGGUAACUAUACUAGAGGUACAGUCCCGUGUUGGAGGUCGCGUGAAGACAAUUAGAGAAGGUUUUACUGAAGGUCUUCUUUCUGAAGCUGGGGCGAUGCGACUUCCUCUGAAUCAUUACCUGACUUGGCACUACCUGAAUUUGUUCGGUGUAGAGACAGUACCAUUCCAGAAUUACAACGAAAAUGGAUACCUAUACUUGUACGGAAAAAAGAUAAGAAUGCAUGAUUGGAAGAAAAACAACAAAAAGUAUAGUGACGAACUCUGGCCAGGCUGGGACAAGAAUCUAACUGAGGAGGACAAAGCAAAAUAUAAGAUUGAUGGAAUACUUAGUUACUUCGAAGCAACAAUGAAACCGAUUAAAGAUGAACUAGGACCCUCUCCAUCAGAGAAGAAAUGGCAGGACUGGCUGCAUAAAUGGAGUAAGCUCUCUACAGAAGAUUUCUUAAGAGGGUUAUGUGCAGAUGAAAUGAAGGUUUCUCCGCUUACUCCAUGGACAGAGAAAGCCAUUGAAUGCUACAAGGUUUCUACAUAUACACCAACACUUGGUACGGACUUAGCAACACAGCUUCGAGAGGAUCUUGGAAAAUGGUGGCAAGAAUGUCUGAAAACACCUAAGCUUGGAAUGGACACCCUGCCGAAGGCGUUCACUAAAAAGAAUGAAAAAGGCUGGAACCCGUCUGUCGAUCUCUCGCAACACAUCAAGUUUGGAAUCAAGGUAACAAAGGUGGAAAACGUUGAACAUGUUAAGGACAAGAAAGCCAAGAUGGUCAAGGUUACUGGAGAAAACAGAAGUACGGGACACAAGGAAACAUUUGAAGGUGAUGCCGUUAUUCUGACAUUACCGCUACAAAUCCUGCGACAGCUCGAUAUACCGUUCAGCAUUGAAAAACAAAAAGCCAUUUCGCAAAUUUCGUAUGAUGCCUCUACAAAGAUAAUGCUGCAAUGCAAGAAAAGAUUCUGGCAGAAAGACGUAGGUCAUGGAGGUUUCAGCAAAACUGACAUGAUGAUCGGACAGUUACAUUACCCGGAUUACGACGGCUCCGGAAUUGGAGACAACGAAAGAGGAGUGCUGAUGGUAUAUACUUGGCAAGACAAUGCGUUGACGUAUGGUUCACAACCAAAAGAUCUUGCUAUUCGCAGUGCCGUACAUGACAUAAGCAAGAUCCAUCCCGAAAUAAAGGACGAAUUUGAGGUUGGAACCGUUCAGGCAUGGUACAGCGAUCCCACAUCCGAAGGUGCUUUCGCGAAUUUAAAGCCCUAUGAGUACAUAGAUAAUAUGAAUAGCCUGACAACACCAACAGACACCGUAUACUUAGCUGGAGAGGCACUGUCCUGGUCAAAUGGUUGGAUUCAGGGAGCUAUAUUCUCCGGGCUGAUGCAAGCCUACUGUUUCCAGUCGCACCAAGAGAACAAAGAAAUCGUCACGCCUGUAUCUGUAAUGCUUGGAAAGAACUAGAUGACUCGUUAGCAGAAAAUCAGACUUUAGUUUCAUUAUGAUAUAUUAAGUUAUGGCAUUCUGCUUUGAAAUACUUAUAACCCCGAGUACAACCUCUUCCUACAGUUGUAGGCUUUAAGGUAUUGGAUCUGUAUUAGUGUACCUAAUUUUGAAGAGUAUUUUAUACUCAAUAAGUCUACUUAAACUUACGUUUUCAGGGGCAAAGGUUCAAGCCAACUGGGACCAACAUUGUUUUCCGUAUUUUCCUUUCUCUAGCACGUUUUUACUUUUAUCGAGACUUAUUAUUGAUUUGUUGUACAAGAGUGAUUUGUUUUUAUUUGAUAAGUGAUUUCUUGCUGUUAAAAGUUAAUAUUCCUCUGAAACAGAUUGGGGCAGAGUUAGAAAGUUUUGAAAAUACUGAGUUAUAUGCAGUAAAAGUUCUCUGUUUUGCCUUUACUUUAUAUAUUACAUAUUGUGGAAAAAAUGUAGCUAGGUUUAACCUCUGCCAAGCUUAAUUUUGAACGAAAUCUUUUUACUUGAGGCACCCUUGAAAAAGAAAGAAAUGGACACAGCUGUAUUUUGUGUUUUAUAAUUGUUUACUUAUAGUUUGACGUUUAUUUUAUCAAAAUUAAUGGUUUAAUCAAUUCUCUGCAAGCGUUUUGGACAGUGGCCAUCACUUUAAAAUUUGCCUCUACUUGAGCUUGAGUAAAUAUUGUAAAUAAUACAAAAUUUAUAAAAGAAACAAACACCGUAAAAGUUGUUUAAAAUUGCAACACAGUGCGAAACAAGAAUUCUGCCAAGCGAAUGCCAAUUUUUAACAUUUCUAUUAGGGAUCUAAUACCUUAAGUCCAAUUUCGAUUAUCUCGAAGUAAAACGUUCGUAUCUCUCGAAUAAGAGUUACCGAGAUUCAAUAUAUAGAAAUGCAAAUCGGGUGUUUUUUGUCCGUGCAUUGUAAUGACAGCUUCAAUAGGUUUUAGUUUUCUUGUGUAUAUUUUCUAAAUGCAUUAACGCGAUGAAAUCGGAAAUUUUUUGUAUUGAAUUGACAAUAUUGUCAAAGGUAAAAGCUUUGAGUAAACUAGCCAGACACACGAACCUGUCUAUGAUAUAUGCAUAUAAUUAAAACUUUGAAAGGGCAUACAUUUUAUGUUUAACAAUCACAAACCCCGUUGACUCCAUAAAAUUGUAUCUGGAAGAUAAAAGUUAGUGUUGAUGCUAGGGCUUCGGAAAAGAAGAAACAACCUACUGACUGAAAAUAUAUCAGGUCUGCUUUGAAGUCCUAAUAUUUGAAUGAAAAGAACAAUUAUUUUUCAAGCAUAUUUGGCAUUCAAGCUUGUGCACAAGCAUGUAUGAAAUAGUAUUUUUGUUGCAUAUAAAAAAACCUUGUUCUUCUUUUGAGAUAACAUAAACUAGAUGCUUGCAUUUUAUACUCAUAAAUGACAAUCUUAUGCUGUAUUCUGGUUCUGGGAAAGGCUUUUUAGUGUGUGCUUUUUUCUGUCUGAUUUUUCUGUCUGGUUUUCUUCAUUUAAUGUUGGGGUUUUGGGAUUAUGUAAAUAUAAAGCUACUUUAUUUGACUGUUUGCUAGACAUGUCUAGUUCCGAAUAUACUUGUACACUAUAAUGUGUUACGACACUGCACCAAGCCCGCUCGCUUAAAUCAAUAGGGAGAGCCCAGAGCUACAAAUCACGAGGUCAUCAGUUGGAUCCCCGGACGGGGCGUAUAAUCUCCGUGAUGAUUUGAUAAAAGACAAUGUGUCCAAAAUUAUUCGCCCUCCACUUUAGGUUAUGUGGUAAAGUUGGCAGUUAUUUGCGGAACAGAUUUGUACUGGUACAGAAUUCAGCAACACUGGUAAACUGCCUGCCGUUACAUAACUGAAAUAUUGCGUAGUAUCAUCAGUACAAAAUAGUUACAAAUUUGCACCUUCUGCAGAUUUGGAAAGUGGUAACAAAAGAAGUUACAAUGAUUUCAGAACCUUUGUUCCAAAUGUAAAUUAAAGUACUUUUACAAACAUACUAGAACAAUCGAAGUUAAACGGAAAACUUUGGAGUUAGAGGAGACAGAUGCCUAUUUACUACGUUUGCAUGCCUGUAUUUAUAAGCUUUCGUACGAAAAUAUGCUAAAUGAUUGAUCUACGUUUUGUUUUCUCUGUCACUAAUCUACAGAAAAGAAAAGCAGUACUGUCUGAAUAAGAAAGCCCAAUAAGUACCAGAUUGUAUUGUAAAUUUUUUGACAUUUUUGUUUGUAUUGGUCAGUUAAUGUCGCUGAGUGUCUUUGUUCCAUGAGAAUAUGGUAAACCGCUGUGCAAUUUGCUUAUUGUCUUUGUAUUUUGUGAAGUGUGCCUCUCUUAUUAAAGCUUAUACAAGUU